AUGACUCUGCAACCAUUAAACCCAGUGAACUGCGAAGGCCUUCUGCAACCUGGUUGUUCUCUGCUGCAGCUGGACGGUGAAGUUCUCCUGUUCGGCCAGAAAGGCUGGCCGAAGCGCUCCUGUCCGACAGGAGUAUUUGGAGUGCGCAUUAAACUCAGUGAACUCAGGCUGAGAGCCCUCUCUUUCUCCGACGACUCCAAUUACCUUCCGCCUUUGCGUUGCCCAGCCGUUUGCCGCCUCGAUCCUCAUGACGGGCUCCCAGAGAGUUAUCUCAUCCAUGGCGGCCGUACCCCCAAUAAUGAGAUCUCCUCAAGCCUUUAUGCUCUGAGCAUGGAUAGCCGUGGCUGCAAUCGCAAACUGACCCUGCGGUGUAAAGAGAGAGAACUGGUAGGAGAAGUGCCCGGUGCCAGAUACGGCCACACAAUCAGUGUCGUCCAAAGCAGGGGGAAGACGGCCUUUGUAAUAUUUGGUGGAAGGUCUUACAUGCCUGCUAAAGAGCGGACCUCAGAGAACUGGAAUAGCGUCAUUGAUUGUCCACCUCGGGUGUUUUUGUUCGACCAAGAGUUUUGUUGUUGUUCUGCUUAUACCUUUCCAGAGCUCAGUGAUGGACAGUCUUUCCACACAGCUUUAGCCAGAGAGGACCGUGUUUACUUUCUCGGGGGGCACUCUUUGAAAUCCGACAGCCGCCCUCCGCGGCUCUUUUGCUUGCAUGUGGAGCUCUUGCAAGGUAGUCCGUUAGUGUCCUGUGACAGUCUUGAUUGUGGUCUGUCCAUCUCAAGUGCGGUAAUCGCCCGCACAGGUCCUUCUCAUAAAUAUAUCAUAUUAGGAGGGUAUCAGUCAGACUCUCAAAAAAGAAUGGAAUGCAGCACUGUGACUCUGGAUGAGAAAGGGAUUCACAUUGAACCUCUCCAACAACCACAGUGGACCCCAGAUAUUGUUCAUAGUCGAACUUGGUACGGUGGCGCUGCGGGGGAACUCGGCAUGCUGCUCGCUGUACCAACAGAGAGCAGGUCGUCCCAAACAGAUGUGCAUUACUUCUAUCUGGUGAACUUCCAGAAAGAGGUAGAAGGUGAAGAUGAUCCGGCCCAGCAGUGCUGCAGUCAGGAGCUGUCAGACUACGACAACUCCACACCUCUGGAAGAUUCAGAAGAGCUCUACUUUGGCCGAGAACCUCAUGAGCUGGAGGAUUGUAGCGAGGGAGAAGGCGAUAAAUACAACGAGAAAGAUGAGGAGGAUGAGUCACAAUCAGGCUACUGGAUCAAAUGCUGGCGCGGUUGUCAGCUGGACCACAACACAUGGGAGCCAUUUUAUUCCACCGAGCUCUACCGACCGGCCAUGAUCUUCUGCUCAAAGGGAGAGGCAGGACAUUGGGUGCACGCUCUGUGCAUGGAGCUCACUGAAACACUGCUGCUCACGCUCUCCCAGGGCAACCAGAAGUACUUCUGUCUUGAACACGGUGGUCUUCCUCACCAGGAGACGACCCCACCUCGAAAGGUCAUCCCCUUACAGCGCACACCACUUAAAGUUAAACACAGGAAAUCUCAUACAAAACUUAGGAGCCCCCCCGUCAAAAAAAGGGUUUUCAGGAGACUUUUUGACUAA